AUGCUUCGUACCUUUUAUCGAAGGCCUCGCCGCCUACAAGACUGCCCUGUUGGUACGACACCGGCACGGCGACGGCUUACGACGAGCUCGCUAAGACCCCAACAACUCCCUGGUGAAAAUGAACGAACAACUCACUUCGGCUUCGAGACCAUUUCGGAGACGCAAAAGGAGGCCAGAGUGGGUGCUGUCUUCUCCUCGGUCGCAUCCUCUUAUGAUACCAUGAACGAUCUGAUGUCCCUGGGAAUCCAUCGCCUGUGGAAGGAUUACUUUGUCCGCAGUCUCAACCCGGGCAGACGAACCAGCGAAAAAGGGUGGAAUAUCCUUGAUGUGGCGGGCGGCACCGGCGACAUUGCAUUCCGCAUGCUUGACCACGCGACCAAUGUGAACCUUGAUCUCAAAACCAAAGUGACCAUUGCGGACAUCAAUGCAGACAUGCUAGCUGAGGGCCAGAAAAGAGCUCAGGAAACACCGUAUUGGAAUUCAGGCAGACUGUCAUUUAUGGAGGGAAAUGCUGAAUCCAUGCCUUCUGUAAAGUCCGAAUCGAUUGAUCUUUACACGGUCGCAUUUGGAAUCCGCAAUUUCACAAACAAGGAAGCCGCCAUUCGCGAAGCAUUUCGAGUCCUUAAACCAGGCGGGGUUUUUGCGUGUCUAGAGUUCAGCCACGUCAACAACUCACUGUUCAAUGCUGUCUACAAGAGGUGGAGCUUUGGUGCAAUUCCUUUGAUAGGCCAAUUGGUCGCCGGUGAUCGGGACAGCUAUCAAUAUCUUGUCGAAAGCAUCGAACGGUUUCCCACGCAAGAGGAGUUCAAGGCAAUGAUCGAAGAAGCCGGAUUCGUCACACCAGGACAAGGCUACGAAGAUCUGACGGGAGGCAUCGCUACCAUCCAUCGAGGUGUGAAGCCUUUAUAG